AUGGUGACCGAACGAGACUGCGAUUCAAUUGCUGCGCAAAACCAGAUCUCCUCCCCACUGCUUCGCCUACCAGCAGAACUUAGAGACCGCAUAUACAAAAAAGUUUUCGCUCCACGGAUUGCACGUGUCGUCCCUCGAUCGGUCAUCAAGGGUUACACGACAUGGCCCUUCACGGCCCUUCAUGUCUGUCGUCAAGUCCGGCACGAAGCCAAGCCGAUCAUGUUUGCUAGUAUCACCUUCGACUUUCGGGCACUCGAACCAAUUGUCGAUCCCGCCGCAAUUCUUACACUGGGAUCCUUUGAGGCCAUUGUAGUGGGAUCAAACUUGGUCUGAACACGCAAAACUGUAAUGCUCGUCAUGUUGUUCUCUAUCUUUCUAUGUCUCUUCUUCCUUCUUAGUGCAGUCUUCGUUGAUGCAGCGCUCGAUGUAAGUACCCUCGCUCGCGAAGUAGUGCGCGUCGAAUCGGUGCGACAAGUCAAAGACCUCCAAAGGCAGUUGUGCCACUUCGCACAGUAUGGGCAAUGGAAUAGCAUCUCUCAACUUUUCAGUAUCAACAGCACCCUCAUCUGGGGCAACGUGACCGCUCAUGGUCCGGCGUCAAUCGAAACAUGGCUGCGCAACGAUUCUGGUGACAUGAACGGCUUGGUUUCUGGGUCUCUCAGUACAAUGAUCGUCGAGACCCCUGUGGUUAGCUUGAGCAUUGACGGAAAGCGCGCGAAAGGACGCUGGAACGGCAUCUGGUUCCAGGGCGACGGCAAGGGUGGAACGCGAAUCCAGGGCGGAGUAUACGAAAACGAAUACAUCUUGAUGGAAAAUCGGUGGCAUAUAUCGUUGCUACACUACUACGACAUGUACAAGGGUGAUUACGAAAACGGUUGGCAUAAUGUUAAUGGCAAGGGCAUCUCGAUAGUUCCGUAUCAUUUCACAGCCGAAGGGUCUGGACUACCGAUACCGCCGGCAGUGGGAGACCCUGAACCGUACAAUGGGACCAUCGAGCGACUAGGAGCUAGGAUCCAGAGGCUGAACGAUGAAGACGAUGUUCGGAACUUGAUGCAUGCCCAUGGCUACUACGUUGAUCGAAGGAUGUGGUCAGAUGUCGUAGAUUUGCAUACUGCAAAUACGACUGUACGCAUUGGCAAUGAAACUGCACUAAGAGGUAAGGCUGGCGUCAGGCAAUUCCUCAAACGCAUGGGUCCAGAGGGCUUGACGCAAGGGAUCAACAACGAUCAUCCAAUCUUCGACAUGAUUGUUGAAGUGGCAGAAAACGGUAGAGAGGCUACAGCUCGUGGUACCGAAAUUGCCAUGCUGGGUGAUGUCAACCGCCAGGUUGCCUCAUGGGAAUUUAAUGUCUUCAGGAACCGGUUUGUGAAAGAGGAUGGGGUUUGGAAGGUCCAGGAUAUUGUGGUGGCGCCACAGAUCGUUGCUGAUUACUACAUCGGGUGGGGACAAGGUGGAUUGAAGCCCUCAGAUGCAGUUAUCCCGCCAUUCUCGAAUGUCACUAGUAGUCCUGUGGCAGAAGGGAGUACGACACGUUCGACAAAUGUGACAGUCAACGACCUUAAGCGCCGCCUCCAACGUAGUGCAGCCUUUGACGGUACUGAGAACGUGUCAAAUUCUUACGGCUAUUACGCCGACGAUAUCCUAGGGGAGCAGCUGGGCGAGCUGUUCGCGAAGAAUGGACACAAAGCAUCGCCAUUCGCAGGAUUUUUUCAUACCCCCGAACGAAUAACUGGAGCAAUGAAGGCAUCGUAUGGUACGAACCGUUCGGCACUCCGAUCUAGCAUAUCUUUCCACUGGCGUCCGCAGCCUGUCAUCAUCGUCUCAGAAGAUGGCCGAUCGGCAAGCCUGCGAGCGAGAUUGUUGCAGCCUUCGACGUCCGUCAACAAAGCGGGCAGCUUCAAUUCUGCCAUAUACCAGGACCAAAUCGUUUCUGAAAAUGGAAAGUGGAAAUUUUGGAGUGUCACAAUAGACGAGUUCUACUGGCAGUCGUCGUCCUGGAAAAGUGGAUGGAGCAUGGCGACUCAACAGAAUUCAACCCAACCCGAUCCUCCUGCAUGGACGAGGAGGUAUCCACCUGACCUCACCAUAGCAGAUGUCGGAGACAGGGAGAUCGACGAAGGCCUCGGAGUCGCUGCCGUUUAUGCGGACCGACCCCUGAACGUCAACAUGCUUCAAUACGACAAGAUUUUGAAAUUCGCCCUGGUGCCGUCAAUUAUCUUCUUCCUCAUAUCCCUCGUCUCGGUGGCAUUGACGACGCAUUACUGGAUCCUUACAGAUUGGGUCAUACCACGCGGUCUCAAAGUAGUAACAAGCAAUUUCAACGACCGACUGCAACAGUACGAGACAGACGACACAAUCGUUUACUUCAAGGAGUCCUCGACAGACGCGACUAUCGUUUCUGGAUGUCUGAACUUGACGGCGGCUGUUGUAGCUCUUAUUGCCUGGAGUACGUUGCGCAAACCAGAUAUGGACUCGCAGUACAACAUUAGCACACGUCGCUUUUGGAUGCUUAGUAUUAUUGUUACCACUCUUGCUGGAUCUGCGACUGCUCUUUCAGCCGUCGUGCUUCACUAUACCGAACGAGGCGACGACCAGUGGGGCUGCAGUUCCGAGCGAUUGAUGAUGAGCGGCAAACUGAACACGAAUCAGUACUGUACACGCGAGAUGGCAGCUUGCAACUAUCAACCAGGCUUCGUGCCAAGGGGAGACCGCGAGAAUACCAGCAUAGCUUGCACCGAAGCGGUAACUGUGAAAUGGUUGCAGAUCGUCAUGAUCGUGAAUGCUCUGAUAAUACUGGUGAUGUUCUCUCUCCAAGCACGUCUCCGAAGAAAGUCACGAGAAGCACGAUUGAACGAACCGGUACCGGAGGAAAAGACGGCACCCUGA